CGCACCGCCACCCCGGCACCCACCGCGUCCUCCUCGAGCGCGCUCGUAAACCCUCCAUCUUCUUCGACACGCCGACGACGCGAUGUGCGACAGCCUCGCGCCGUGGACGUGCGUCUCGCAGGGCACCGUCGAGGUGAUUCAACGCUGGGGGAAAUUCCGCAAGUUCGCCGAGCCCGGAUGCCACUGCGUCUGCCCGUGCAUCGGCGACGCCGUCGCCGGGAAGAUCUCCACGCGCAUCCGCUCCCUGGACGUCGCGGUCGAGACGAAGACGAAGGAUAACGUCUUCGUGACCAUCAUCGUCUCCACGCAGUUCAUGGUCCUCAAGGACGCCAGCCGCAUGUACGACGCGUUCUACAAGCUCACCGACUCGCGCGAGCAGAUCCGCUCGUACAUCUUCGACGUCGUGCGCUCCACGGUGCCGCGCAUCAACCUCGACGACGUCUUCACGACGAAAGAAGAGAUCGCGGUCGAGGUCAAGUCCAUGCUCGAGAAGGCGAUGACCGAGUUCGGGUACGCGAUCAUCCAGACCCUCGUGACGGACAUCUCCCCCGAUGAGAAGGUGAAGCGCGCGAUGAAUGAGAUAAACGCCGCGCAGCGCCUCCGCGUCGCCGCGCAGGAUAAAGCCGAGGCGGAGAAGAUCAUGGUCGUCACCGCCGCAGAGGCGGACGCGGAGGCGAAGUACCUCGCGGGCACCGGCAUCGCGCGCCAGCGCCAGGCGAUCAUGAACGGCCUGCGCGAGAGCGUCAUACACUUCCACGCCGACGUCGAGGGAAUCAACGCGGGGCAAGUGAUGGAGAUGAUGAUGAUGACGCAGUACUUCGACACGAUGAAGGAGAUGGGGACGACGAAGGGGAACAACACGAUCUUCGUGCCGAGCGGUCCGGGCGCGGUGGCGGACGCGGCGGCGAGCGUGCGGAUGGGGAUGAUGCAGGGCGCCAUCGGCGCGGAUGCCGUUCGACGCUGAUGAAUGAAUGAAUCACGCGAGAGGACGCCGCGCGCACAGCUGUACACGAUGAAACGCCGUCGGAGAAACGCCGACGACGGCCGGUCGCGAGCGCGAACGAACGAAAGAGACGAGACGAGACUGUGAGAGAAGACGACGGACGGACGCGAGAGAGAACGGAAGGAAAGGACCGGAAUGUUUUUUUAAUGUACACAUCGGGGGGGUCCAUUUGGACCCUUCAGCACUUGCGGUUGA